CUUGAUUCGAGUAAUAUUGGACACUGCUGAGGACCGGAAUAGUGGUCGAGAACGAGCUCUCGCUGUGGAAAGUUGCGUGUGUCCCAUGGGAUACGAAGGAACCUCUUGCGAAGAGUGCGCUUUUGGGUACACGAGAGUGAACCUUGGUCGUUACCUGGGAACCUGUGAACCUUGCAAUUGCAACGGUCAUUCGAAAUUCUGUCAUCCGAAAACGGGGGUUUGUCAGAAUUGUUUGCAUGACACCACUGGAGACUAUUGCGAGAUGUGUUUGCCAGGAUAUGAAGGAGAUGCAACUAGAGGAACUCCUGAUGACUGUUACAGAGCAGUGCCUCGUUGCGAUUGCGAUCGACGGGGUUCAUUGAGCUCCGAUUGUCCUGGUGGUCAGUGUCGCUGCAAGGAAAACGUCGUCGGAAGAAAGUGUGAUUCCUGUGCACCGGAAACCUUCAACCUCAGGAGCGAAGACCCACUGGGAUGCACUCCAUGUUUCUGCGGAGGAGUGUCGCCAAUUGAUUGUUCGUCCAGCAUGUUUUACAGAAGCUCAAUUCCACUGCAAAUCGCCAACGAUCGACACGGCGUUAUACUGCGUGGAUUGUACCGAGAUGACACCUCAGUCGCCCAGGGCUUCGCGGUGAAUCCGACGAGAAACGAAAUUUCCUACUCUUUCCGGAGCGAGCCGACGACGUUGUACUGGUCUCUUCCGUCCGAUUUCGCAGGAAACUUGUUGACUUCGUACGGGGGUAAUUUGACGUGGACCCAGGGCGUGAAACUGCGCCGAGGACAAGUUGCGAGACCGGAAGUCGAGGCGGAAGUUCGUAUUUCAGGCAACGGAAUCGACUUGCUCUGGGUUUCUCGCGAUGAACCCAAAAAUCUGAACGACAUUCGGACAGAAGAGACUUUCCGAGUUGCUUUGUUGCCGAAUGGUUGGAAGCGCAGCGAUGGACAAAAGUACAUCGACGCCUCGAGAAUAGAUUUUCUCAGUGCCUUGCAUGACGUGACAAUGAUCCAGAUUAGAGCAAUCCUGGCACCGUCGACAGAAGAGGUUUCUAUCCGGAAUGUCGUUCUCGACACUGCCAUCCCUCAGUUUACUGGACGGGAAGUUGCAGUUGACGUGGAAUCCUGCAAAUGUCCUUAUGGCUACAGCGGAUUGUCGUGCGAGUCUUGUGCACAAGGGCAUUACAGAGAUCUUCGAGACUUGGCGAGUAGCGUUUUCGGAAGCUGCAAACCGUGUCCUUGCAACGGCAGGGAAGAAUCCUGCUCAGCAGACUCGAGAGGACAAGUUAUUUGCACAUGCAAACCGCAAUACACGGGAAGUUAUUGCGAGGAAUCCGGUGAG